AUGGUCUAGGCGUUGGAUUUACUUAUAAGAUCAAAGCUAAGGACUGGUUGGGAUUGCCAGCCAUAGAUGCUGCUGUGUCGAAAGCUUGUCAUUUUCUUUGACCGUCUGCACGCUCGAAAUCGAAACGGCGAUUCAGGAGUGCGUUUAGUGCCAUCAAUAUGCUAUUCCUGUGCCCACGCCUUGGACUAAUGUCCUCCUCCGCUUCCAUCUUCAGAUAAGCAACGAGAAGUGAAACAAUAUCACACACGCCGAGAGCUGAAAAUGUACGUCUUUCCCUCCGCACACACCCAAUUUCAGCCUUGUUAUUUUAUAUACCAGAAGCACCCACUUAACGUUACCCAAUGCCAGCAUUCCCAUAAUCUUCGUAACACCCCAAAAGUGCCCCGUGAAUUGGCGUUGGACCACCCGAUGUUCGAUGAAAUGCCUGUUUCAGACAAAGACACGUUUACCUGGAACAGUAUUAUCCAAGCUCACCUUGCCAGUGGAGAUCUCGACCUUGUUAUUUCAACAUACCGACAAAUGCUGCUUCGGGGUACUGUUCGUCCGGACAGGCGCACUCUCCCUCGCGUCUUGACUGCUUCUCGCCUUCGUGGCGAUAUAUUUAUCGGCAAACAGCUUCAUGGGCACGCUUUCAAGCUUGGGUUCUCUUCCGACCACUAUGUGGUUAGUGCCUUAAUCCAAAUGUAUGGCUCUCUUGAUAGCGUUGAUACUGCCAGGUGGCUUUUUGACAAAUCCCCACAUAGGAAUUCUGUUUCUUGGACUGUGCUAGCCAGGUUGUACAUCAUGGAAAACAAACCUGGUUUGGCUAUUGAUAUGUUUAAUCAAAUGGUUGAGUCAGGGGCUGAGAUAGAUUCAGUGGCAUUGGCAACCGCAGUUGGUGCCUGUGGCAUGUUACAAUCGCUGCAACAAGGCAGGAAGCUCCACCAGAUUGCUACAAAUUGUGGAUUAGAGUUUAAUAUGCUGGUCAGCAAUGCCCUCUUGAAAAUGUAUAUCGAUUGUGGAAGUCUGAAAGCUGCUCGGGAAAUUUUUGAUCAAAUGCCAUCAAAAGAUGUCAUUUCAUGGACAGCAAUUAUUAAUGGGUGUGUAAAGAAGGGAGGGUUCAAUGACGGUCUUAAGUUGUUUCGGCAGAUGAUUAUGGAUGGUUUUAAACCUGACCCUUUAACAUUGUCUAGCAUUCUUCCGGCCUGUGCAAGGAUGACUGCACACAAGCAUGGCAGAGAAAUUCAUGGCUACCUGCUUAGAAACGGUAUUGACUUGAAUCUCGUGGUCCAGAAUGCUGUUAUGGAUAUGUAUGUGAAAUCAGGAUUCAUUGAAUAUGCUUCAAGGAUUUUCAGAGGGAUGAAGUGUAAAGAUGUGGUUUCAUGGACUGUGAUGAUAUUGGGAUAUAGUUUACAUGGACAAGGACAACACGGAGUUCAUUUGUUCCGCAUGAUAGAGACUAACUCGAGCACACAAACAGAUGAAGUCACAUACGCUGCUGUCCUCCAUGCUUGUCGCACUGCAUGCAUGGUUGAACAAGGAAAGUUUUACUUCAGUUGCAUUAAGGCUUCUAAAGCCGAAAACUCUUCUUUAAUGGUUGCGCUUCUAGCUCGUGCUGGACUCUUUGAUGAGGCAAGGAUCUUUAUUGAGGAACAUAAGCUUGAAAGACAUGUCGAAGUGCUGAGAGCACUGCUAGAUGGAUUGAGAAAUCACCAACAACCAGUACCGGGUAAGCGUGUCAUUGAGCAACUCUGCGAGUUGGAACCUCUUAAUGCAGACAACUAUGUGUUGCUCUCUAACUGGUAUGCUAACAGCGCAAGAUGGGACAUGGUUGAAAAGUUGAGGCAAACAAUAAGAGACAUGGGUUUGAAGCCGAAGAAAGCUUAUAGUUGGAUAGAGUUCCGAAAUAAAGUUCACGUUUUUGGGACGGGGGAUGUAUCCCACCCAAGAUCAGAGAGAAUAUUUUCAGAAUUACAGAGUUUAGUAAAGAAAAUGGAAGGUGAAGGAUAUCAACCUAAUCCAGAUUUUAGCUUUCAUGAUGUGGAGGAAGAACGGGAGUGCAUUCAAAUUGGGCAUAGUGAAAUGUUGGCAGUAUCUUUUGGGCUCAUCAGCACACAACCCGGUACAACAAUUCGUGUAAGUAAGAACCUCCGUGUGUGUCGCAAUUGCCACAAUUCUGCAAAGAUGAUAUCCAAGAUAGUAGGACGAGAAAUCAUACUCAAGGACCUAAAUUGUUUCCAUCAUUUUAGGGAAGGAUUUUGUUCAUGUGGAGAUUUUUGGUGACAUGUUAUAUAUAUAUAUUCAUCUGAUGUUUGGUAAUUCAGCUACUCAGAUCUUGAUUAGGUAGUUUGGAUCAAGGAAUUUGCAGAGAUCAUCGAGACAUCCAUGGAAUUGCAUUAUAUGAAUUCCAACUAAUAUUAGAUGCAACUCGAUAUUGAGGCAAAGCCAAGAGAGAGGAGCUCUAUGAGGUUGACCAUGCUGCCUUCCUAACUAGAAAUACAACAGGCAUCACACUGUCGUAAUGGAAGACAGCUCUGGUCUGGCCUAAGAGAUGAAAAUAAUAAAAAUAAUAGUAAAUAGCAAAAAGUUUCUGAUGUUGAGAAUUAGGUACUUAAGAGCCUGAUUUUACCAGAUGACAGGAACCGAUCCGUCGCUGCAAUAGGUUAGUUCCCUUGAAGGAACCCCACUGCGGGGCAGUGGCCUCUGAAGUUCUUAACUGUCCUCGAAGAACUCCAUGGACAUCUUUUUUCCAAGAACCUAGGCCCUAGAGCCAGAGGCAUCUUUGAAUUACUCACGUGUAAAAAGAAGUUCCCCAAUUUUAUUGACAAGACUAAUAUUACAUACAGUCACUUUUACGUA